GGUAAAGCAACUUAGAGCGCGCCUUUUCUUGGUCCUAUAUGAGGCAGGCGACAUCCUGCUGCCUUCCGAUGAGACACCCAAGCUCUUGGGUUCUUAAGACCUCUACCGUCACUGCGUCACCUACCGCCUCAGUCUUCAGCUGCUUUGUUGAAUUCCGUGUUUUGUUUUGCUUAUUGCUCGAGUGGUGUCCAAUAACCCUAUUCCAUUAUUUUUCGGACAAGAUCGCCCUCGGGGGCCCACGCAUGUCAUUAUGCUGAAGAGUGCCCUGCUCUUGGCUUCAACGGCCCUCGUCGCAGCACAAUCUUCAUCCUCCGAGCCCUGCGCAGCUGCUGCCGCGGAUCUAAGGCAAUCCAGUUCCAUCGAAGCACAGGUAGCCUUCGACUGUCUUGAUUCCGUCCCGGUCGACGUCCAAGGAAACGCACAGCUUAUUGAUGAGUUGAAGCAGAUAUGGCAGUUCCAAUCCGAGCUUGUGUGGUUGAAGAAACCAGGCGAUGAUUGGGAAUUUGGACCCCUGGAUAUCGAAGCAGAACUGGAUAGCGUGAAGGACAACCUCAACUCCUUCUCCAGUGAAUAUGCGGUUCAACUAGCUAUUCAGAACAUUACUAUCCGUACUGGAAAUUUCCACUUCAACUACAGGCCCGAUAUACUCACAGUGUUCGACUUCUUCAGACAGAUCAAUGUGGCUUCCAUCUCGGAGGACGGCAAGGCACUUCCAAAGCUCUAUGUGGCUGAUGAUGUUGCGAGUGUAGCCGAGGGCAGUUCAGACGUUUCCGAGAUUACCGAGAUCAAUGGUCAGAACCCAUACGAUUUCCUCAAGUCCACUUCCUGGUCACAAUACAUCGAUUCCGACGGUCUCAUCAACGACAUGCUGUCCAAAGGAGAUACCGACAACCUUGGGAGUUUUAUGAAUCAAAGGAGAUAUGACGGGCCCAGCACUGAUAUCACAUGGGCGAAUGGCUCAACAGUUUCCAUACCUAACGGCGCAUCCUCAGACUAUGCAUCUAUGUUCGCAGGUGUUACUGAUGGACAGUCAUUUUUCGACAGAUUCUGCACCGGCAGCUCCUCGCCCCUCUCUGCCAAUACAAAGGCUGAUUCGGGCUCAUUUGACAUCGCUCUGCCAAAACCAAAGAUGCCUGCUGGUAUCAGUCAUAUUAUAGCGCCUAGCGCUCCUGGCCCAGUUCCCCGUAUUCCCACCGGCGUCUACCACCGUCGCAACAAGCGUCAGACAAUGACACCUACUUCUGGAUCUUAUGCAGAAAAUGUUGUUGAGCAAGACUCAAGUGGAACAGUGGCUGGGUACUUUCUCAAUGGUGAUGGUUACGACGAUGUUGCAGUUCUCAAGAUUAUCUCUUUCAGUAACCCUAGCGAGGACUUGAGUGAAUCUGAGUUCUGCAACGAGUUUCAGGUAAGUUAUUAGUGCAUUCAAUAUGUGCGAGACAUACACUGACCUUGCAUUCUCCACACUGCAGGUCACGAUUGCUUCAUUUCUCAGCAAGUGCAUGAGUGAGAACAAGCAGAAACUCAUCAUCGAUUUACGCGAGAACGGUGGCGGUAGCACUAAUCUGCUUCUUGAUGCCUUUAUGCAGCUUUUUCCGGAGAUGGAGCCCUUCUCCGGGCAGCGUUACAGAGCCACUGAUGCCUUUGUGAAGAUUGGCGACG